CACGAAUCAUAUGCGAGCAUUAUACCACUCGGCUACGUGCCUCCCCUCAGCACUGUGACAAGACAUUAGUGUGAACUCGGCUACUUCACCAGUCUGAUCCAAUAGAGAUUUUCAUAAACCGACCACGAAUCAUAAGCGAGCAUUAUACCACUAGCCUACGUGCCGCCCCUCAGCACUGUGACAAGACAUUAGUGUGAACUCGGCUACUUCACCAGUCUGAUCCAAUAGAGAUUUUCAUCUGGAGGCUCGCUCAGUGAAGGCAAGAGCCGCGGUUGUAUUACAGAGCCAGUUGGACACGACUGACUGGAGUGUGGGAGUCUCACUGGCAAUGGACUUAUCCUUUUUAACUGCGAAAUGAAAAUACCAUCAUUAUUGUGAUGGACGUCGCGUGUCAAAGAAAGGUAUAUACUUAAGUGAAGGGAAUAUAUUCAAAUGAUACGGAUUACGACGGAUACAGAAUCUAACAGAGGCAGACCAUGAAACAAAGGCCAAACUACUUUGAUAAUAAACUACAUGUACAAGGAAUUAAUGUCAGAGAGAAAAACAGAGGCUGCCAUCUUUAAGUACAACAAGAUACGGUCAAUUUGUGAAGUCAAGGAGUAGGUGGAUUAAUCAAUGAUAUACGUAACAGUUUAGAAGAUGAGACUCUAAUUUGUGAAAACAUCAACUAACAUUGUAUUAAAUAAUAUAAAAAACAGCUGAAAUUGUCUACGUUAAAACUAGGAAAGGAUGUAAAAGGAUGUGAAGCUAGGAAUGGAUUUCUUUGAAAUGAUGGAAAAUAAAAUGUGUCAGGACUUUUCAAUUAGUGUUUAACUAUUUAAUGAUAAACAUCACCUGAAAACUUUUCAAGACAUAAACUGGCAAUUCCAGCAGCAGCAGUAAAGAAUGAAAAUAACCUAUGUUUGCAUAACAACAUACUGAGUACUUCAUUGUCAACAUGACAGGAAUGUUUGGGAACGUUACCACGGCUACGAUGGAAACCACCAACCGGACGUGUGACCACGAACCAUGUAUCUCCAGCACGGUGAUGCUGACCGCGGAGUGGCUGACCAUCAUCCUGGCAACGCUCGGCUUUGUGGGAAACCUGCUCACCGUGUUGGCCAUCAUCACGUCCAACCUCAAGUGCAACAUCAACUGCAUCCUCAUCGGCAACCUGAGCGCUGCACAGAUCGUGUAUUGUGGUUCCGUGCUGCCGCUGCAGGCGCUCAUCUUCCACACGCACGGCUGGCCGCUUGCCGAGGAAGUGUGCAUUAUGAACUCGGCCGUGCGCAUCUGGCUGAUCGGCGUCAACAUGAUGCUGCUGAGCGCCAUCGCCCUGUACCGCUUCCUGCACAUCGUGCACCCGCAGACGUACUCGCGUUUCUCCGCCCGUGGCCCCUUCAUCAGCAUUGUCGUGCUGUGCUGGCUCUUCUCCCUCGUGUUCUGCCUGACGCCCGUCAUCCACCUGUGGGGCUCGUUCUCCUUCCACGCCACCAUCCUCCAGUGCACCUUCACGCCUUCCAAGCAAAAGUCCCACAAGGUGACCACCAUCACGCUCGGCUUCGUCAUCCCCUGCAUCUUCAUAGUGGUGUGCUACGCCAGGAUCGGCUGCGUGGCCUACAUAUCGCGCAAGCGGGUGGCGCGCACGGCCAGCCAGUACCGCAGACACAAGUCUCAGAAAGACUCGCUGCGUCUGACGGCCAUGAUGUUGUGUAUAUUCUGCCUGUUUCUCAUCGGCACCACUCCGUAUUUUGCCGUCAACAUCCUGGACCCAGCGUUCAUGAAUCCGAUGGCACACAUCUGGGCCCCGUUCAUGGCCUGGUUUAUGUACUGUAUGAACCCUGUUGUCUACACUGUCAUGGACCACAACUUCCAGACCGCGUUCAGGAGACUGCUCACAUGUGACGUCUGUAGGGACGGCAACAAGCGCAGCUGUGUGGCCGGGAACUCAUCCAUCGCAGAAUCCUCACACGCACAACACUGAAACAGUGACCCCAGGGUUUAUCACUAGUCUUUCUAGCUCUCAAAUACAUAACACCAAGCAUUCCCGAGACGAAAAGCAGACUGAAUCUAAACCAUAAAUAUGAACGUCAAAAUUCCCAACUUUCUUUAACUUACAUGUAGAAACAAAGAGUCUAUAGCUAAUUUUAUGUUUAUGAAAUCAACAAUCUUAAAAUUCUGAUUUUAACUGAAAUUAUUCAAAUUUAAACAAAUUCACUACCAUGGACGUGAAGUCGAAUUUCGGAGAUAAGACCCAGGACUCAUAAGAGAACGGUUUUGUGUAUAUGCAGGAAAGUGUGAAACAAUAAAGUAAAUAUGAAGAUUUAAAUAAGAAUGAUCAGGCAAUUCUGUUGAGAUUCCUUGGAUAUAUACCACAUAACAAGUGAAAGUGUUGCUCGAGUUAAAGAUGUGACAUACAUGUACAUGAUUAUAAUUACAAAACCUGUAAUACAGUUGACCUACAUUCUGACUGAAUCACAUCAGAGAAAAACCAACGUUAUCCUUUGAGAACACGCAGAAAAUGAUGGAAUUACACAUGUAUCCUUGUAAGAGUGAAAAAAAAUCAUGUAGAUAUAUUUUGAAGUAUAUUAUUUAUAUUGAUUGUACAUGUGUAAUUAUUUUUUAAAAAGGUUUUUAAUUUUGGGGGAAUUUGUUGAUGUUAUAUAUCAAUAAAUUCUCCCCAAAUAAAAACAAUUCUGAUGUGAAAAUGUAUAUGUACGUGAAUUGGUUUGAACAUAAUUAAUAUAUUCAUGGUAAUGGUUUUACCCUCUGUACAUACCACCUCAACCCCAAAGACCAUUUCAAACAUGUUUCAAUUCCAGUGUUUUGCACAUGUGAUUGCAGCAUCAAUGACCAAAUAAAUAAUAGUGCUAUCAAUCAAGACUUUUCUUAUACGUCAUAACAUUAGAAUUAGUGAACAAUAUAGCUUCAAAACUAGCAAGAAAGAAAAAAUUCCCCAUCUGAAUCACAACAUUUUUAUUGUAACCAUCCAUUUCGUAUAUUACAUUGUAUGUUGACAUUUCAGAUGUGAGUGAGGUACAUGGUUAAAGGGUUAGUAAACUCAAACAUGAGCCUUUUGUUGGAAAGAUGCAUAUCCGGACCACCAACACAAUACUGACACUUUAACAAAUGAAAAAUGCAUAAUUUUAUAGUUAAUAAAAAAAAUGUGAUUAUUCGUGCGAACUGGGGGCAGCCAUUUUGUUUUGUUUUUGUGGCAUCCGGUACUAUAGCUUGAGGUGAAGUGACAUCAGCUCCUACCAACUCCUGUAUGCACAGUGCAAACAAAUGCUCUAAUUUACGACAAGGCACUUCGCUUUCAUCAAUCUGACUUGUGAAACAACAUAAAUGACUUGAUAGUAUGAUAAACUAUUCAACUUGCAUCAAACUUUCAAUUUUGCAUCAAUAGAAUGAAAUGGAGUUCAUUUAUUUUUCUAUCUCAAAAAAUCCAAAAAAAAAGAGAGAGCAUAUUAUUAGGCCUAUUGGAGCAAAAACGACCACUCACGAUACCCAAGUGAUAAUUUUAUUUACUUUGGGACUACGUAAUUGGUCAGUUUUGUGAUGGGAAAGUCUACUUAAUAAAGGGUUUUACAGAAUUAUUUACAGUAAUAAAGCAGGAUGGCUGAUAAUGACCAUUGCCAUUUUAGGGGUGGCAGAUUUAUCCCACAAUACCCCGUCAUCUUAAUAAAACUGGCACAUAUUUUUUGUGUGUCUAGAUAGCAGUAUUUAAUUAUUUUGACUGGAUACCUUCCAAAUAUACACCUGCAAAUCAUGAAUCACAGGUACAGGCCCGUAAUAUAUAAUAGUCGUCACAUUUAACCAUUUUAUUAAUUAAAUAUAUGAUUAUACUUGUUGAUAUUAAGCAAUAAUGGACAUUAUAAGUUUAUCGUUGAAUAUGUAUACCAAUUCAAAAGCCUUGCAUGAGCAUUCCUUUAAUUCAGUGUCUCACAAGUAUUUUUAUAAGAAAUGUGGUAUGCAGGCCAACACAGAAAUAUAAUAACUUAGUCCACACAUACUUCUUGUGAAAACAUUACUUAGCCCUCCCAUCCUAUCUGCUCGUUUAAACUAUCUGUCAAUGAACACUUUAUCAUACUGUAAGGAACCAAUGUUUAAACUAUCUGUCAAUGAACACUUUAUCAUACUGUAAGGAACCAAUGUUCAAACUAUCUGUCAAUGAACACUUUAUCAUACUGUAAGGAACCAAUGUUUAAACUAUCUGUCAAUGAACACUUUAUCAUACUGUAAGGAACCAAUGUUUAAACUAUCUGUCAAUGAACACUUUAUCAUACUGUAGGGAACCAAUGUUUAAACUAUCUGUCAAUGAACACUUUAUCAUACUGUAGGGAACCAAUGUUUAAACUAUCUGUCAAUGAACACUUUAUCAUACUGUAGGGAACCAAUGUUUAAACUAUCUGUCAAUGAACACUUUAUCAUACUGUAAGGAACCAAUGUUUAAACUAUCUGUCAAUGAACACUUUAUCAUACUGUAAGGAACCAAUGUUUAAAUGAAUGCAAUCUUGGCAUAUACUGGUACUGUUAAACAGGAUGAAUUAAUUUCCAAAAUCUACUGUGUUUUUUUGUUUUUUUUUUAUAUAAACUGUUAUGCCCCAAACAAAAAUACAUGCUUGCGGCUAGGUUGUUGCAAGGUAGUUACAAGGUUAUU